GGGGGCGCCGCUGGGGCCGGGGAAUGGGCGUGUAGGGAGCAGGGAAGGAAGGAAGGGAACGAGCGAGCGAGGGAGGAGAAGAGCCGGACGGAGAUUGCCGCCCGGCGCCCGAGGUAGCCGCCCCCAUCGGGGUCCCCCUCCGCCGCCUGCGGGCUGCGCGCCCCCUCCAUCCGCCCCAGGGCGCCACCGCCGGGAUGAGCAGCUCUCGGAACAACCGGGUGAUGGUGGAAGGAGUCGGGGCCCGGGUGGUCCGCGGCCCGGACUGGAAGUGGGGGAAGCAGGAUGGCGGCGAGGGCCAUGUGGGCACCGUGCGCAGCUUCGAGAGUCCCGAGGAGGUGGUCGUGGUGUGGGACAACGGCACCGCCGCCAACUACCGCUGCUCCGGGGCCUACGACCUCCGCAUCCUCGACAGCGCGCCCACCGGUAUCAAGCAUGAUGGGACUAUGUGUGAUACUUGUCGACAGCAGCCUAUCAUUGGCAUCCGAUGGAAGUGUGCUGAAUGCACAAAUUAUGACUUGUGCACAGUUUGCUAUCACGGGGACAAGCAUCACUUGAGGCAUCGUUUUUACAGAAUUACCACACCGGGAAGUGAAAGGGUAUUGUUGGAGUCUCGACGUAAAUCAAAGAAAAUUACAGCAAGAGGAAUCUUUGCAGGUGCCAGGGUGGUGCGAGGAGUUGACUGGCAAUGGGAAGAUCAAGAUGGUGGCAAUGGGCGUAGAGGAAAGGUAACUGAAAUUCAAGAUUGGAGUGCAUCGAGCCCACAUAGCGCAGCAUAUGUUCUUUGGGACAAUGGUGCUAAAAACCUUUACAGAGUUGGCUUUGAAGGCAUGUCUGACCUGAAAUGUGUUCAAGAUGCAAAAGGAGGCUCUUUCUACAGAGACCAUUGUCCUGUGUUAGGUGAGCAAAAUGGUAACAGAAACCCUGGUGGGCUGCAAAUAGGUGACCUUGUAAACAUUGACCUCGACUUGGAAAUUGUUCAGUCUUUGCAGCAUGGUCAUGGAGGAUGGACUGAUGGCAUGUUUGAGACUUUAACAACAACUGGAACAGUCUGUGGUAUCGAUGAGGACCAUGACAUUGUAGUACAAUAUCCAAGUGGCAACAGGUGGACGUUUAAUCCAGCUGUUCUCACCAAGGCCAAUGUUGUCCGAAGUGGAGAUGCUGCUCAAGGUGCAGAAGGAGGUACCUCUCAGUUCCAAGUGGGUGAUCUUGUUCAAGUAUGUUAUGACCUGGAGAGAAUCAAGCUUCUUCAGAGAGGUCACGGAGAGUGGGCUGAAGCAAUGCUUCCUACUUUAGGUAAAGUUGGUCGGGUUCAGCAGAUCUAUUCAGACAGUGACUUAAAGGUAGAGGUUUGUGGGACAUCUUGGACCUAUAAUCCAGCAGCUGUCUCGAAGGUGGCAUCAGCAGGAUCUGCCAUAAGUAAUGCAUCUGGUGAGAGAUUGUCCCAGCUAUUGAAAAAACUAUUUGAAACGCAAGAAUCUGGAGAUCUCAAUGAAGAAUUGGUUAAAGCUGCUGCCAAUGGAGACGUUGCUAAAGUGGAAGACUUGCUAAAGAGGCCAGAUGUAGAUGUGAAUGGGCAAUGUGCUGGACACACAGCUAUGCAAGCUGCAAGCCAGAAUGGCCAUGUCGACAUUUUGAAGUUGCUUCUGAAACAGAAUGUGGAUGUAGAAGCAGAGGACAAGGAUGGAGACAGGGCUGUCCAUCACGCAGCCUUCGGUGACGAGGGUGCUGUGAUUGAGGUUUUGCACCGAGGCAGUGCAGAUUUGAACGCUCGCAACAAGCGCAGGCAGACUCCACUCCAUAUUGCUGUCAACAAAGGUCAUCUGCAAGUUGUCAAGACUUUACUGGACUUCGGCUGCCACCCCAGUCUCCAGGAUUCUGAAGGAGACACUCCACUUCACGAUGCAAUAAGUAAAAAGCGUGAUGAUAUACUUGCUGUACUUUUAGAAGCUGGAGCAGAUGUUACUAUCACCAACAACAAUGGGUUUAAUGCUCUUCACCAUGCUGCACUAAGAGGAAACCCGAGCGCAAUGCGUGUGCUGUUGUCCAAGUUACCACGACCGUGGAUUGUUGAUGAGAAAAAAGAUGAUGGUUACACUGCCUUACAUCUGGCAGCUCUCAAUAAUCAUGUGGAAGUGGCUGAACUUCUGGUGCAUCAGGGCAAUGCUAACCUGGAUAUCCAGAAUGUUAACCAGCAAACUGCUCUUCAUCUUGCUGUUGAACGACAGCAUACACAAAUUGUUAGGCUCUUAGUCCGUGCAGGUGCUAAAUUGGAUAUUCAGGAUAAAGAUGGGGAUACUCCCCUGCAUGAAGCCCUGAGACACCACACCCUGUCACAGCUCCGCCAACUCCAAGACAUGCAAGAUGUGGGCAAGGUAGAUACUGCUUGGGAGCCAUCAAAGAACACAUUAAUAAUGGGUCUUGGCACUCAAGGAGCAGAGAAGAAGAGUGCUGCAUCUAUUGCCUGCUUCCUGGCAGCCAACGGGGCUGACCUCGGCAUUCGUAACAAGAAGGGUCAGUCCCCUCUCGAUCUCUGCCCUGAUCCAAGUCUCUGCAAAGCAUUGGCUAAAUGUCAUAAAGAAAAAGUCAGUGGCCAGGUUGGUUCCCGAAGUCCGUCUAUGAUCAACAAUGAUUCUGAAACCUUAGAAGAAUGUAUGGUGUGUUCAGACAUGAAGAGAGAUACUCUGUUUGGCCCGUGUGGCCACAUUGCCACGUGUUCUUUGUGCUCACCACGAGUGAAAAAAUGCCUCAUCUGUAAAGAACAAGUUCAGUCUAGGACAAAGAUUGAAGAAUGUGUAGUAUGUUCAGACAAAAAGGCAGCGGUGCUCUUCCAGCCAUGUGGUCAUAUGUGUGCCUGUGAGAAUUGUGCAAGCUUGAUGAAGAAGUGUGUACAGUGUCGGGCAGUGGUUGAGCGAAGAGUGCCUUUCAUAAUGUGCUGCGGAGGGAAAGGUACAGAAGAUACCAGUGAUGAUAUUUCAAGUGGAAACAUUCCAGUUUUGCAGAAGGACAAAGACAACACUAAUGUCAAUGCGGAUGUACAGAAGCUGCAGCAACAGUUGCAAGACAUCAAGGAACAGACUAUGUGUCCUGUCUGUUUGGACCGCCUGAAGAACAUGAUCUUUCUGUGUGGCCAUGGAACAUGUCAGCUUUGUGGAGACCGAAUGAGCGAGUGCCCCAUAUGCCGCAAGGCAAUUGAACGGAGGAUCCUUUUGUAUUAAACAGGAGCCAGUGUCUUUACUAGGUUGUGAAAGAGUAAGGACAUGUUGAUUGAUGGUUUACACCUCUGUAAGUUUAAAAGGCAGUGAAGGGUUCUGGCAAAAACAUUUCUAAUACUGUAGCACAGGUUUGUUACAUAGACAUUGUUUAAAGACUGUGUACACACCAAAUAAAAGAAACAGUAUUUGAACAGUCA